CGUGUGUUUGCUGUGUUUACGUUACGAUAAGCCCACACGUUUGACCGGGCAGAGGUUUAUUGUGGACUUCGCCCCUUUGCUCACAACUGCGUGCGUACUCAGAGGUUUACAACAGAACAAAAAGACAAGAAACCGUCCACAAAAUGGCAGGCCUUCCACUUCCAAAUAGGGUGAAGAAGUCCUUCCUUUUCUUCUUGGUGUUUAUGUAUACGUUUGUUGUCAGUACUUUAAUCAUUAACUUCCUCAUGGUAUGGACGCUACUUAUUUGGCCAUUUGACCGAAAAUUGUUCAGGAAAAUCAACUACAUUCUUGGAUACUCAAGCUGGUCUCAGUUUACUUUCGUCGCCCAGUGGUGGUCAGGGUGUGACAUCAUCUUAUACAUAGAUCCAAAGGAUCGGUUAUUCGCAGGAAAGGAGCAUAUCUUGGUGCUGAUGAACCAUACUUAUGAGAUAGAUUGGCUCAUGUUAUGGAUCCUAGCGGAGCGAUACGGCGUCCUCGGGGGUGCAAAAGUUUAUGGUAAAAACAUGCUACGAUAUAUUCCCCUGAUAGGAUGGGCAUGGUACUUUACAGAGUGUAUUUUCUUAAUGAGAGACUGGGCUAAGGACAAGAAAAUCAUUCACGACACCAUGAAAGAACUGCUCGACUUCCCCGACAAUUAUUGGUUUACGCUACUUCUGUUCCCAGAAGGUACAAGAUUUACAGCAGAGAAACACGAGGCCAGUUUAAAAGUUGCUAGAGAAAAGGGUUACCCUGAGUUUAAGCACCAUUUACUGCCGCGCACAAAGGGGUUCAGCUACACCAUCCAGGCCCUCCAGGGCAAAGGGGCAGUUGGCGCUAUCUAUGACAUUGCCAUAGGGUUCAAGGGAAACAGUGUUAAACCAACAUUGAUGAACGCCUUCAGAGGCAACACCAUCACAGCUGACCUCAGAAUGAAGCGUUAUGAAAUGGACAGCCUGCCAAAGGAAGAGGAAGAGUUAGCUAAAUGGCUCCGGGAUUUGUUUAAGGAAAAGGAUGAUCUUGUAGACGAGUAUUUUAAGACAGGAAAAUUUGACCUCCCAGCAUUCCAUCCUCCCCAGCGACCAAAUGACCUGUUAAACUGGAUAUUCUGGUUACUUGUGACAAACGUUCCACUGUAUUUUUACUUAGGGAGUAUAGUAAUAGCAGGGACCAUCACACAGCAGCUUAUUGUUGUGGGUGUUGUGAUAUUAAUGGCGGCAUUUUCUUUCUGGAUGAUCAGCUUAACAGAGAUACAAAAGGGAUCAUCCUAUGGCAAGGCAGCAGGAAGCAAUGGAGUGAAGAAAUCCGAAUGAUCAUUGCUAUGACCUAUUUUUCACGAUGGAUGAUUGGCUUUUCCGAAAUAAAGAGGGCGUCAUCAUAUGGAUCCAUGGUGACGAACAGCAAGAAGUCAACGUGAAAACUGCUAGCAAUUGUGAUGACUAAAGCUGCACUGUGAUUGGAUUUUACUAACUUACACCAAAUAUGAACACCGUGUGCCCUUUAGAUGACCUUUGAACUCAGAUUUAUAUUUUGAAGUUUUGUAAACAUUGCAAGAUGGGGUACAAUUAAAACAGGUUUACAAUGAAUACCAACUAUAUAUUGGGACAGAUUUGAAUA